AUUUAGCCGCACUUCUGUUCUAGUUCAUUUAUGUCUAAAUUUUCUGCGAAACCAACCAAUCUACCACUGGACUCCUUUUUGAAGGAUUUGGAGACUGGUGGAACUAUAGUUACUGGAACUAGUUAUGUCAAAGGUGGUGGUGUGCAUGGGUGGAAUCUGAAGCGCGAAUUGACAGGUAGGGGAGGUAAUGUCCUCGCCCAGACACUUCUUUGGCCGGCUUUGUCAGACUUGACUGGAUCUUUCCGGCUCUAUAAGAAAUCGGUGCUUGAAGAUGUCAUAAGCACUUGCGGCGUUAGCAAGGGAUACAAUUUUCAGAUGGAGAUUAUUUUUGGAAGCUUCAAGAAAAGGGUACCAUAUUGAAGAGGUUUGAAAUUACCUUUGUUGAUAGGGUAUAUGGAAGUUCAAAACCUGGAGGUUCAGAAAUAGUUGGAUAUCUUUGUGAACGUAUGAUGCAAUAUAAGUGGUUUGUUUACCUUUGCAACGUUGUCAAUCGUAAGGGUCUGGCAUAUUUUUUGGUUACGACUCGAAGUGG